ACUUCAAACAGCUUUAUAUACCGUAAUUGGAGUUCCAGAAGGAGGAAGAAAAAAUACUUGAAGAGAUCAUGUCUGAAAAGUUUUCACAUGUGACAAAAACUAUGAACUCACAGACCCAAGAAACUCAAUGAAACUUUAGACACAGGAAACAGGAAUAAAACCACACCAAGCACAUUAUAAUCAAAUUAAUACCAGUGGCUAAGAAAAAUAUUAAAAGCACCCAGAAGAAAAAGGACACACACACUACAUGUAGAGGAACAAAGUUAAAAAUAAAAGCAGACUUAGAAACAAUGCAAAUCAGAAAACUGGAGCAAAAUCUUUAAGUACUUAAAAGCCCUGCAAAACAAAACUGUUGACAGGAUUUUAUACUCAGCAAAAAUAUUGUUCAAAAAUGGAGAUGAAAAAGUGGAGAUGAAGUAAAAACAUACAAAACCAGAAUGAAUUGAUUGCUAGUAGACUAGAACUGUUAAAUGAAAAUCUUCAUUCGGAUAAAAGGAAAAUGAUGUUGAAGGGAAAUCUGGACUGACUGAAGGGGACCAAGAACACUGAAAAUGGUAGGAAACUAUGUGAAAGAAUCUUCUGAUGUAAUAAUUUCUGGGUGUCACUGGAACAUUUGAUCAUCAUUCCUUUGGCAAUUCCAACCUUCUAUGGAAGGUCAGUAGAAGCAGUUGAUUUAUUCACCUCUACGGGAAUCAGACUCAGCCUAUUUUGGUUUUCAGUGAAUUAUGCCUUUUCAGUUUGGGACCCAGCCAAGGAGGUUUCCAGUGGAAGGAGGAGAUUCUUCAGCUGGGCUGGAAUCGGGGCUGAACUCCAGUGCUGCCUGUAAUGGGAAAGAGAUGUCACCAACUAGGCAACUCCGAAGAUGCCCUGGAAGUCAUUGCCUGACAAUAACUGAUGUUCCUAUCACGGUCUAUGCAACAAUGCGAAAGCCACCUGCAAAAAGCAGCAAGGAAAUGCAUCCUAAAUAGCAUCAUUAAGCCUUUUGUAGAGGUUUGACUAGGUCAAGGGUAAUGGGCCAGUAUCAUCUUAUGAUCUGAUAAACAAAUAAAAGUGGUGGCACCUUUGGAUGAUGACAA